CUAAACCUCUAAAGCUUGGACGCUAAACAUUCUGCAUUUGAAAGUAUGCAAAUAUCAGUGAUGUAUCAUUAAUUGCAUCGUCACGUGAACACGUCAGCCACUGCUAUUGCAUUAAUUCCCUCAACACUUUUGAACAACAAGUCAUAGUCACACUUUCUCAGUGAGUUGUGCUGUGUCCAAGCAUCAAGCAGUAGGAUAUGAACACGGCCGUUAUCUUUCUGCUGGUUGUGGCCGUGACUACUCAGACGAGCGACACUCAUGAUCUCGGUAAACUACGCCUGUCACCUGAUCGUGCGGAUCGAAUUUACUUCGAUUGGGAAUCGAUGGUAUUUACUUGUGCAUCCGACUAUCAACAUUCCUUCAGCGAGUUUGAAUUGCACAAUGGAAGAGAGCUUUUACCGAUAAAACCUCAAGUAACGAAUUCAAUGAAAAACGCAGUCACGUUUACCAUCAACGUUGCGCAGUCUCGGUCACAAUAUUACCAAUGCAUUUAUAAAAGCACGUUAUCUCAACGCUCCUUAGCGGAAAGUGACAUAUUGGAGAUAACAGUAGUGGAUCACAAACAGCUGCGACUGUCAACUGACCGUGCUGACAAAGUUUAUUUGAAAGGAGAAUCGAUUGAAGUAACCUGUGAGUCCAACGAUGAACAUCCACGCAGCGACUUUCGAUUGUAUAAUGCAGGUUAUUAUUCCACGGUAGAGAGCCCGACACCUACUUCAUUGACAAAAAUGGUCACCUUUACCAUCACGAAGUUGGAGAUUGGAAAGCACUCUUACUAUUGCACGGCACACUCAGGACAUAGUAACACAGAAACAAUAGAAGUAUUGGGUACCCGUACAGCACGACUGACAACUGACCGUGCGGACAAAGUUUUUUUGAAAGGAGAAUCGGUAAAUUUUACUUGUGAUUUUCACAAUGAACAUAACAUCAGCACUUUUCGAUUGUACGAUGGAAAAUACGUGGUAUUAAUACACCAUCAGACGGCCAUUUCAAGGAGAAAUUCGCAUACGUUUACAAUCAGCCUCGCGAAGAUUGGAGCAGAAGUUUACUUCUGCCAGGGAGACGCAAUGUACAGUGAAUCAGUGAGGAUAACAGUAUUGGGUAUUCCUAAACUGCGACUAUCAGCUGAUCGUGCGGAUGGGGUAUAUUUGAGAGGAGAAACGGUCACCUUGACUUGUGAAGCCGACUAUGAGCAUCGACUCAGCUCUUUUCAGUUUUAUGACGGAGAACGACGUUUACCCUUUAACCACAGGGAGAACGUUGCAUGGGGAAACGCAGUCAACUUUACUAUCACCGAUGCGGAGACGGGGCCACAUCACUACCUCUGCCUUUACACCACCCGGAAAUCCACAGAGCAAAGUGAAGGUGUGAACAUCAUAGUCGUGGAUCUGCCCAUACCAAGAAUAUCGGUGAAUCCCAGUGAUGCUUUUCAUGGUGGACUCGUUGUCUUUACAUGCACAAACUUACAGGAGAUACCGGAAAUGACUGUUUAUCUUUACGGACCCGGUGGAUUAAAUGACUCUGUGUCCCAGCCUCCCACUCCACAGAACAAUUCAGUUACCUUCAAAAUCAAGAAUGUAGUUCGAGACCAGAGCGGAAAUUAUACCUGUGGUUACGAAGCUGUGGUGAACGGAAGGCGGCUACAGUCGGCGCUGAGUGAUUCUGUACAUUUGUCUGUAAGAGCUCAAUCUUUUCGGGCGUUGAUUACAGCUUUUGCUGUCUUGCCUCUGAUCCCAAUCUGUGCUCUGCUGGGCAUCUACUGCUGGAAGAAAAGGAAGGCAAGAAGCCGUGGUGGAAUGACGACAAGACCACCUCCUCAAGACCAGAUAUAUGACAACGUCCUUCCUCACGACACAGCCCGUGGAUAUAUAAGGGCGACGCCGGCGCCGUUGGAAGACGAAGUUGAUGACGACGUUGUCUAUGCUCAUCUGACAAUGGAACCUCAACCGAAGCGAUGCAAAGACCAGCAAGAAACCUUUCAAGUCUACGAUGAUGGUGAAACGAUCUAUGCAGCGGUGAAGCCAUAGAAAGCUUACAUGUCUUCGGGCAACCCGCGUCCGUCUCACCAGUACACUCGGUGCCGACCAAAGCAAUGAUCAUGGGGAUUUUAACCUGUUCCAUCUUACGCAGUAAUAAAAAGCUUAGGAAGAGGUUAACUAAGCAAUUCAAGUUUCCUCGCGCCCUUUCGACACUUGGCUUAACUUGCGGCGCCAAAACCAGUCUUUCCGCCCGACAGUGAAGUCUCGAAAUGAUGACUCGAUCUUCAGUUCAUUGAUGCUUGAGAAAGCUUCCGUCUGAAUUGCUGUUCUGAAACCCAAUCGUCUUAAUUUUUUUGUAAGAACUAAGGAGUUUGCAUUGUAAUAUCGUUUCACUUCUUUUUUCUUUUAACAUUGCUGUCAUGGUCCGAGCGGACAUGCAUAAAAUAUGUAUAAAAAAGGCGCUGGUCACAACUUUCAGACAAUGUUUGGAGAUGAAAAUGCAUUUUACGGUCAUUUAGUCGUUUUUGUCUGCGAGCGUUGAACAGAUCAACAAAAUACAGAUCUGGACCGUGGGCAGCGAGUGACGUCCUUUUUAGAAACACAAUGUCAGUGUCACGAACCAGCAACAAAAGAAACACACUGAACAUGAUUCAGUGUUAAAACUAUUUUAUUAAUCACUACUUAUGAUAAUACGUAAGAUAAAAGUAAAAAUGUUAGUUUGUUAGAAUUCAAAACUGUUAAACCUUGAACGUUAACCCCAAAACUAAACUCUUCGUGUGUGUGUGACAAAGUCCCAAACUCCAAGUUCAGGAAUGGUUCUUAAAGUUCAGUUCCGCAAGCCAUAAGGUGAAACAUGAGCAAGGGCUUCUUCAACAACCACCGUUGUCUGAAGAUAAGACGUAGACGUAGAGAAACAUAGAGAGAGUAAAUACGAAAUCCAAAUGUUCCACGAUGGAACCCAAACGACACUUCAGUGUUUACUCGGUAGUGACUUCCUCACCCCGAAAAGCAUCCGAACCGUGGUCGUCCACACAAAUACCUGUUUCCUUCUACAGGUCAGCAACAAAGUGAACUCCACCGGAUUACUUCCAACUUCCAUACAUGGAUUUCAGUGGCAAACACAGUUAUUGUUUCUCAUCCGUCGAUAGAGAACACUAGCAGGCUGGUGUCUCUCUCCUUUCUCUCUCUCUCUCCUCUCUCUCUUCUUCUGACCUCUUCAACAACGUCAUUACGUCCUUUAUCUUCUAUUGACGUAAGCACGCCCCACACACACCCACACUCUAUCUUAAAGAGACUUUCACUGAGUCCGUAACAUCACCUAUGCACAUGUGAGAGAAGAAGGGAGGGAGGGGAAAGAGAGAGAGAGCCGCUGCAUUUCAAAUUCUACAAAGCUCAUGGUUGUGGCAUUAUUUACGAGAUCACGUGAGCUUAUCAGUCCACCCCUUAAUUCAUUGUCUCAACAUUUUCUGGGUGAUAUUGUGUGGGGGCAUCGUGAAUAUGAGGAGUCGUCACAGCAAGGAAUAGCAAGGUGACAGAAAUUAAUGUUGUUUCACAGGCAGCGGGCAUUUUGCAUACACCUGUAAAUGUUUUCUUCGGUGGGACUUUCUGUUGUAUUGUCCAAGUUCCUCAUUCUUUGAAGUAAUAUUUUACAAGUUAAAGUCAAGGACUACCAUUGUGAAUUCCUUGGGUACUGAGGUUGUUGUUAGAAGUAAGCAGUUUAUAAAGGUUUUAUACUGACGUCCUUCAGGAAACACACCCCCCUCCGUCUCCCCUUUCCCUCCCCAUCUUCCCACUCUGUUUGCCAAAGGAUGUCCGCUACCGCCCACAGAUCUGCAUGAACUGCUGGGUAUUUAUGCUGCCAUCUCCUUUUUUAUGUCAUUGCACUGUACUGCUGCAGCAAAACAGAACAUUUCACGUUAUAUCUCACUGGGAUUAUCGAUCUGAUUCUGAUUGGUGAUCAGAUUCAAAUUCGAAUUGUGAUUUAGAUUCAGAUUCGUAGUUUAUUACUGUUUCGGCUUCGGAUUCGGGUUCUGAUUCUGAUUGAGAUUUGGAAUCUGUUGUGGAUUCGGAUUUGAGAUCGGAUUCUGACUCUGCCUGAGAUUUGGAAUCUUGCGAAUUCGGAUUUUGAUUCAGAUUUCAAAUCGGAUUCCGACCCUGAUUCUGUUUCGGGUUCUGAUUCUUAUUUGGAUAAGGAUUAGGAUUCUGACGCUGAUCUUGUUCUGGAUUAUGUUUGGGAUUGGGAUUUGGAUUCGGAUUCUUUUUCGGAUUUUAAUUCUGAUUUUUAAUCUGAUAAUUUUUAUCAGAAAUGGAUUCUGAUUCUAUUCUAAUUUGAAUACUCUUUUGGAGCCUGAUUCUUUGUCAGAUUCGGAUUCCUAUUCUGAUUCUCAUUCGGAUUCUGUUUACGAUUCUGAUUUGAAAUCUGUUUCGGGUGCGGAAUCCGAAUGCAAAUAACCACCUUACAUUCUCUCCCGAAGUCGCUUCUGAGUGGUUGUGGCGAAAUCGACUCAGAUACACUGUUGUAGUGGUGAUAACAUUCUAUUCAGGUUUAGAAUCAAUUAGUUGUGUUUAAUGGGGAUAUUGUGUGGGAAAACCGAUCAUAUAGAACUGUCACAACGAAAAAUAGCAAGGGGAGAAAAUGUCUAUUCAACAGGCAGUGGAUAUUUUACAUAUAAUUGUAGAUAUUUUAUUCUGUGGGAACUUCUGUACUGUGGUCCAUGUUCUUGUUCCUUUGAAGUAAGUCUCUGUCCUGGAAAAAAAAA